AUGGCUCAAUUCAUCGCCGACACCCUCAAACACGUCCCCGGCGUCGACCCCAGGAUGGCCCAGCGAGCUCAGGCUUUCCAGGGGCUCAACGACGGACCUGCCGAGACUGCCGCUAGGUUGACCGGGAUCGUGCAGAGUCAGCACGCUUUCGACGACUCCCCACUCUACACCACCAACUUUGGACAGCCGUUGCACCACUCGGGUUACCCCUUGAAUGUCGGUGGAAUUCCCGUCCAAGCCGAUACCGCCCUCCUCGAGAAGCAACAAGCCUUCGACCGUUCCAAGAUCCAGGAACGUAUCGUUCACCCUGCCGGAUGGGCCGCUUUCGGAGAGUUCGUCGUCACGAAAGACGUCACGCAUCUGACCAAAGCCAAGUUGUUCGGGAGCGUGGGCAAGAAGACGCCGACGUUCACCAGGUUGAGCACGGUCACUUACGGAAGGGAAUACCCUGAUAGCGCUCGAAACCCUCGAGGACACGCUACCAAGUUCUACACCGAGGAUGGGAAUUACGACCUCGUCGGUCUGAACUUCCCCGUCUUCUUCGUUCGAGACCCUUUCCAGGGUCCCGACAAUAUCCGGUCGCAGCAACGUGAACCCAAGUCGUUCUUGCUCAACUACAACGGGUGGUUCGAUUUCCUCGCCAACGUCCCCGAGUCUCAGCACGCCGGUUUGAUGUUGUUCUCUGACCACGCCACUCCUGUCUCGCACCACUUUAACGCUUACGGAGCCCACACUUUCCGAUGGGUUAACGCCGAGGGCAAGAGCACCUUCAUCAAGUACCACUGGCUUCUGAACGAGCCCAUCAAGAACUUCAACAUGAACGAAGCUACCAUCACUUGCGGUGAAGACCCUGAUUUCGCCAAGAGGGAUCUGUACGAGACCAUCGAGAAGGGCGGGAACGUUAGCUGGACCAUGAAGGUUCAGACCAUGACCCCCGAGGAGGCUACCCAGGUCGACUUUGACCCCUUUGACAUCACCAAGAUCUGGCCCCGUGGUCAAUUCCCCAUGCAAGAGGUCGGCGUCUUGACCCUCAACAGGAACCCCGAGGACUACCACAGGGACGUCGAGCAGGCUGCCUUUUCGCCUGGAUCUUUGGUUCCCGGUAUCGAGCUCUCGCCCGACACCUUGUUGCAGUGGCGUGCGUUCUUCUACCGUGAUGCUCAGUACACCAGGUUGGGAAGUGCCAACAUCCACCAGAUCCCGGUCAACUGCCCCUUCAUGGCCAAGUUUGUCUCGCCGGACAACUUCAUGGGAACCAUGAGGACCGACGCCGACUCUGGCAGCAAGCCCAUGUACUUCCCCAACUCGUACCACAAGAACGUCCCUUCGACCAAGUCUACCCCCGGAUUCGCUGGUAUGGAUGCCGUCGAGGCGCCUUACCAAGUCGCCAACAAUGUCGUCUCGCGAAAGUCGUACUGGAGGGACGAGUGUACCGAGCGCGAGUACACCCAGGUUCGAGAGCUCUACCUUAACCGUCUCAGCGAGACCGAGAGGAACAACUUGCACAGCAACACCGCUCGUCUGCUCAAGUUUGCCGAUGAUAUCGUCAUCGAGGGGUACUUGGCUCAGCAAUACGCCAUCCACCCCGGCUACGCGACCAGCAUCAACGACCUCUUGCCGGACAACAAGAAGGCCAACAUGGCCACCGUCGAGGAGAAGUCCAAGACGGCCCACCUCGUCGGGAAGAGCGAGGACUUCCAGCCUACCGACAAGGGCAAGAGCUUUAUGGGCAUGGCCUACUAGAGCCCUUGCGCUGCGGCUCUGGGUCCCGUUGUGAUGUGCCUUGUCUCUCGAGAAUUGCUCGAGUAGCGUGCUGGAGAAUCGGAAGCCCAAGUCGAGAACGUUUGUCAAAUCGAUCAGUCAAAAGUGUAUAUAGCUAGAAACCUUUAAUGUCAACGCAGAGUACGGU